GAUAGAGAAAAUGAGCUAUACGUUCAGUCAGCAAUAUGAGGAAAAGAUCCGCCCUUGCAUCGACACCAUCGACAAUUUACGGUCUUUGGGAGUCGAAAAGGACCUGGCGUUGCCUGCCAUCGUCGUCAUUGGAGACCAAAGCUCAGGAAAGAGUUCUAUUCUAGAGGCGCUGUCAGGAGUAGCGUUACCCAGGGGUAGUGGAAUUGUUACACGAUGCCCUCUUGAGCUCAAGAUGAUAAGAACUAAAGGCGAGGACAAAUGGCAUGGGAGAAUCAGUUACAAGAACUAUGAGAAAGACAUUGAUGACCCAGCAGAAGUGGAGAAAAAGAUUUGCGAAGCCCAGGAUGAGAUGGCUGGAGUAGGUGUUGGCAUUAGUGAAGAACUCAUCAGUCUGCAGAUCACCUCUGCCAAUGUUCCUGACCUCACUCUCAUUGACCUCCCUGGGAUUGCACGAGUCGCAGUCAAAGGUCAACCUGAGGAUAUUGGAGAAACAAUUAAGAGACUGAUCAGGAAGUUUGUUGCAAAGCAAGAAACAAUCAACCUGGUUGUUGUGCCAUGCAAUGUUGACAUCGCGACCACAGAAGCAUUGCAGAUGGCUCAGGAGGAGGACCCUGAGGGCGAAAGAACUUUAGGCAUCUUAACAAAGCCGGAUCUGGUGGAUAAGGGCACUGAAGGGACAGUGGUAGACAUUGUGCACAAUGAGGUCAUUCACCUUACUAAAGGCUACAUGAUUGUAAAGUGCAGGGGACAAUGGGAUAUUUUCGAUCAGGUCACUCUUAAUGAGUCCAUAGUAAAAGAGAAUGCCUUCUUCAAAGACCAUCCUCAUUUCAGCAAACUCUAUGAAGAAGGUUUUGCAACUAUUCCUAAGUUGGCUGAGAAACUAACAAUUGAGUUGGUUCAUCACAUUCAGAAAUCAUUGCCUAGUUUAGAAAAGCAAAUCGAUGAGAAGCUCGCUGAAACACAGACGGAACUGCAGAAAUAUUGCAACGGACCCCCAUCAGACCCUGCAGAAAGACUGAAGUUUCUUAGUGAUAAACUUACAGAUUUCACACGUGAUACCCUUAACCUGACCAAUGGAGAAGCGGUUAAAUGUGCACCAGAUCUACUGAUUUUUCCAGAACUCCGUGAAGAAUUUGCAAAUUGGAAUGGCUUCUUGGUUGACUCUGGAAAAUCAUCCAUAAAUGAGAUUAAGGACGAAGUUUAUACAUAUGAAGCCAAAUAUCGGGGAAGAGAGCUUCCAGGAUUCAUCAAUUACAGUACCUUUGAAAAUACUGUUGGUGAACAGAUCAAGCUGUUGGAAGAACCUACCUUAAUGAUGCUGAAGACCAUCUCCGAUGUUGUUUCAAAGAAGUUCAUCAAACUGGCCCAGUACAGCUUCAGUGGCUUCCCUAAUCUUCUGAAAGUAGCAAAGACUAAGAUCGAAGCCAUCAAACAGGAUAAAGAAUCCCUAGCAGAAUCCAUGCUGAGGACCCAAUUCAAGAUGGAGCUCAUUGUUUACAGUCAAGAUGGCACAUACAGCUGGAGCCUGAGAGAUGCAAAGGAAAAGCUGGAAGAGGAUGAAGAAACUAAAGAAAUGGUUAAUUGCAGCAGUGUAGGCUUUAGUACAGACAAUCAUGCCACAUUGCAUGAGAUGAAGUUGCACCUUGAGGCCUACUAUACGAUUGCAAGCAAGCGUCUAGCCGACCAGAUCCCAAUGGUGAUCCGCUAUAUGUUGCUCCAGGAAGCAGCUUUGGAGCUGCAAAGGAGCAUGUUGCAGUUGCUGCAUGAUAAAGAUGGUGUGGACAACCUGCUUAAAGAAGACUUUGACAUUGGCCAAAAGCGGGAGAGCUUACUGAGUCGCCAGAAACGUCUGAAGAAAGCACGCAGCCUCUUGGUUACCUAUUAGAAUUCACUUCAUAUAGCUGGUUCCAACAAUUUUGAUGCAACAAAUAAUAAUAA